AUGCCAGCAAGCUGCAACACAUUUCCGUUGAAGUACUGCGAAUUUCGGUCUGAUUUGAGCGAUAUUAUCAAGGCAGUACACGUUCCUCAGUUUUAUCGAACAACCUAUUAUCCGUCAUGUGAGCGACGCAAACUAUUCAUGACGCCACCUGUUUUUACGAAAAAAGUUGAUGAAACCGUUGAUGUGGUCGCUUAUCAUACAAGAAGUCGUGAAACUGCAGCUGCGGCUCCGAUCAUGCCUAUUUUCGUACUCCCGAAAACUACCAGGGUUCGAAAACGGCGAGUUACUUCACCUCAAAAACGUAAAACGAAAAUCCGGCAACCAUUACCACGUAAGGCCCAACGACGAGCAGAGCAAAAACUUUCGCGAUCAGGUGGCGUACGAAAGCGAAGACGCAUGAAGCAAUCAUUGCUGACGAGUGAGUUUUUUUUUUUCCACUGA